AUGAACGAAUUAACACGAAAUGUUGAAGGAGUCAUUGAAGCAAAAAGUAAGCAGCUGAUCACUUUUGAUCAAAAUAUUUUUCUUGACGAAAAAAAAAAUGCAAAACACAGAACAAAAAGAAUUCAAAGCAAAGUCCGAGCGGACGAAAUGAUUAAACACGUGUUUCUACCUUCAGUUCAGUCUGAUUGUGUAACUUUAUGUUUGGUUGCUUCAGAUCAACUUCGUUUGAUGGUCAAUAACAACAACAAGCACUUAACUUAUCAAAAAACUGUUGAAACCGAUAAAACUUCUGAAUCGAGGGAAUCACUCAGUUUGAAAGCAGACAGAUUGCAAAUAAAAAUAUAA